UCUUUUAGAAUUAUUUCUGUAUGAGUAAGCGUAUAGUGUGGUUAUGAAAAGGAAGUGGGUGGUUUAAUGACAAGUACAUGGUUUAGGCUGCUCUGUAUUUUCAAUUCUCAUAAAUAGCUUUUCACAUUUUUUGCUUACAUGUGUUUUUCUUCAGUUUCAGUUCCAUGUAAUUUUGAUUCUGUCCCAUGGUAUUUUAAAAUGUUAGUAAGCAACAGAAGCUUGCCAUCCAUGGAGCUAACAAUAGGAACUCUAAAUAGAUGGGAUAAGUGGACAGGCCAAAAGCCCAGCAAAUUAGAACAUCUAAUACCAUAAGACGGACCUCUUCGUUGGAUACAAUAACAGGACCUUACCUCACAGGACAGUGGCCGCGAGAUCCCCAUAUACAUUAUCCUUCAUGCAUGAAGGACAAAUCUACUCAGACACCUAGCUGUUGGGCAGAAGAGGUAUUAGAAAAGAGAUCACAUCAGCGUUCAGCUUCAUGGGGGAGUGCUGAUCAACUAAAAGAAAUUGCCAAACUGAGACAACAGCUUCAACGCAGUAAACAGAGUAGUCGUCACAAUAAAGAAAAAGAGCGUCAGUCACCUCUCCAUGGCAACCAUAUAGCAAUCAGUCAGACUCAGGCUUCUAUCUCAAGAUCAGUCCCUAUGCCACUGUCAAACAUUUCAGUGCCAAAAUCAACAGUCUCACGUGUGCCGUGCAGUGUAGAAGGAAUAAGCCCUGAAUUAGAAAAAGUGUUCAUCAAAGAAAACAGUGGAAAGGAGGAAGUGUCCAAGCCCGUGGAUAUUCCUGAUGGUCGGAGAGCACCCCUACCUGCUCACUAUCGUAGCAGCAGCACACGAAGCAUUGAUACACAAACACCUUCAGUCCAGGAACGCAGCAGCAGCUGUAGCAGCCAUUCUCCAUGCAUUUCUCCCUUUUGUCCUCCUGAAUCUCAGGAUGGGAGUCCUUGUUCUACAGAAGACAUGCUGUAUGACCGUGAUAAAGACAGUGGGAGUAGCUCACCGUUGCCCAAGUAUGCCUCCUCUCCUAAGCCCAACAACAGCUACAUGUUCAAACGAGAGCCCCCAGAGGGAUGUGAACGGGUGAAGGUCUUUGAGGAAGUGUCGACUCGUCAGCCUGUCUCAGCCCCUCUCUUUUCAUGUCCUGACAAAAACAAAGUUAAUUUCAUCCCAACUGGAUCAGCUUUCUGUCCUGUAAAACUUUUGGGUCCUUUACUUCCUUCUUCUGAGCUGACUCUCAAAGGCUCUCCAAACCCUGGUCAAAGCACGCCUUUGAGUACUCUGACUGUGGAGCAGCUUUCUUCUCGGGUUACUUUCUCUUCUCUGUUGGAUGACACCAGCACAAUGGACUCUUCAGAGGUCUUAGCACAACAGCCAUCCCAGCAGUCACCACAGCUUUUGCAAGAACUGCAACCUGAAGGACCCUCCUCUCCUCAAAGCUAUGUGGUAAUCUAGAGCAAAAUAGACCGUCAGUCUAAAACACAACUGCAUGAGUGGCAACUUUUCCCGGAAAAAAAAAAAAGCUACUUUUAUCAGCAUCUUUCUAUAUUUCAAAGCUCUUCUUGGCAGGGACAGAAAUGCUCUGACUCAGCAUUUUUGUAUUGGUGGGGGGAGCAAAACGCUUGCAGAAUCUAUGUAUCAUUAAGCAUUUUAAGUGGAUACUAUGCAUUUCAUAGAAUGACCAGAGUAGUACUGUGUCCUGUGUGUUCUUUUUAAAAUUCUACAGUAUAAAUAAGCUCUGUAUCAAACAAAGGUUGCCUGUCUAAAUAGAAAAUGUCUUGCUGUGUUGUGUUCUAUAGAAGAUACUGUACUUCAGGAUUAUGUUUACAAUUUAUCCAGGUAUUUAUGUUUUGAACUUCUGUAAUACAUACAAUGCAAAAAAGGAAGAAAAAAACCCAAAAAUUAAAAAUGGCCACAACAGUUGCACAGUGCCCACUCGAGGGCCUAGCUUCAGGUACUUCUCUCGAAGUCUAAACUCAGGUAACUUGGAAUGUAUAUCAUACUGGGAUAUAAAAUAUUUUACAGCUAAAAAGCUAAAGAGGGAACAUCACUCUUCUGCCUUUUUAUUAUUUUAUGCAUUAAUAUUUCCUCAUUACAUUCCACUUUUUUUGGGAAAAAUGCAUUCAGAUCCAGGGGAAUGAGUACUCUGGACAUGGGUGAACAUGAGGAAAACCAGCAAAUUUGUGAUGUACAGCAUCACGUCAUGUGGUUACAAGUAAAACAACUGUUGCAUUUCAUUUCAUUGUAAAAAUUAUGGCAUUGAAAAGUUUCAGGUGUUGCACAGUUAAUGACUGUUAAGCUGUUCUGAAUAAAGUGUUCAGUACGA